AUGCACGUCCCGGCAAAGGAUCCCCACAGCCCUGGAGAUUUUUCCUCGAAGCAUUUAUGGCAAGCACAUCUUGAAAUAAUUCUAGAGGUGACAAAAGCGAUCGAUUAUCCAGAUUCCGGGGGCAACACUGGAGAAUCUGCGGAAGCUGCGACAAACGGCGCAAGUUCUACGCUUCGACUCCUCGUUGCUGCUGCUAGUUGUCCUCGAGAAUCUUUGUACGGCCAACAGCAGCAGCAGCAGCAGCCGCAACAGCAGCCGCAACAGCAUCAUCAGCAGCAGCCGCAGCAGCAACAGCAACAGCAGCAGGUGGUAGACCUGUCUGAAUUGGUUUAUAAAUAA